AUGGAUGCUAUUUUGGUGACAUGGCUUUUAAUUCACAUAUUCUCGAUUGAUUAUCGUCGAAGAAUGUGUUCUAUGAAUUGGACGAUACUCGGAAAAUUGCUCAACUGCUGUGAAAACCUCACAAUCAAUUUUGGACGUUUCGUCUUAUUUACUAACGAAUUGUUUGUCUCGUUCUUAUCGGUGGUGUCGCCAGAUAAGUAA